CUCACUCUUUCUCUCUCCCUGUGUUCACAUGUGCACCGGACCCACAGCUUUCUUCUGAGCGGACACUGCAGGGAAAGAACCGACCGAAACCACCAUGGAAUAGGAAUACGACCCGGGAAACGGGGGAAAAUAAAACCUCUCUUAUCUUCUUCUCUCUUUUUUCCCCGUCUCUUUUUUUCUAGCGCCUUUUUCUGUCUUUUCGCAUCUUCCCCAUCUCCCUCGAUGUCUCUCAACAGUUUCUGAAGGGAUUGAAUUAAAGAAAAAUGAGGAUUAUAAUUUUUUCUUGGCACUUUCUCGGGGUGUAUUCCGCCCUUUGGGGGCUGGCGACAGGGGCUUUCCCCAGCUCAGUGCAGAUAGGUGGAUUGUUCAUUAGGAAUACUGAUCAGGAGUAUACAGCUUUUCGACUAGCUAUCUUCCUUCACAACACCAGCCCUAAUGCUACGGAAGCUCCCUUUAACCUGGUUCCACAUGUGGACAACAUAGAGACUGCCAACAGCUUUGCAGUCACCAAUGCAUUCUGUUCUCAGUAUUCAAGGGGGGUCUUCGCUAUCUUCGGCCUUUACGACAAGCGUUCAGUAAACACGCUGACAUCGUUUUGUGGGGCCCUGCACAUCAGCCUAGUGACACCCAGCUUCCCCACUGAAGGCGAGGGCCAGUUCACGCUGCAGCUUCGGCCGUCCAUCAGAGGAGCUUUGCUGUCCCUGUUGGACCACUAUGACUGGAGCCGAUUUGUCUUCCUCUACGACACAGACAGAGGUUAUGCAAUACUGCAGGCAAUUAUGGAGCGAGCGGGGCAGAACGGAUGGCAGGUGAGUGCAAUCUGUGUGGAGAGUUUCAAUGAGGCGGCGUAUCGGAGACUCUUAGAGGACCUGGAUCGACGGCAGGAGAGAAAAUAUGUCAUUGACCUGGAGCCUGAGAGACUACAGAGCAUCCUGGAACAGGCUGUCAGUGUGGGGAAACAUGUCAAAGGUUACCAUUACAUCAUAGCAAACCUGGGUUUCAAGGACAUAUCUUUGGAAAGGUUCAUGCACGGCGGGGCCAAUGUGACCGGGUUCCAGUUAGUGGACUUCAGCAAGCCUAUUGUCAUAAAACUUAUGCAGCGCUGGAACAAACUCGAUCAGCGUGAAUACCCUGGAUCUGAAAGCCCACCUAAGUAUACCUCAUCUCUGACUUAUGAUGGUGUCCUUGUAAUGGCUGAAGCCUUCCGCACCCUUCGCCGUCAAAAAAUCGAUAUCAGUCGCCGUGGCAAUGCAGGUGACUGUCUGGCCAAUCCAGCUGCUCCUUGGAACCAAGGAAUAGAUAUGGAGCGUGCGCUCAAACAGGUGCGCAUUCAGGGCCUGACUGGGAAUAUUCAGUUUGAUCACUACGGUCGGAGGGUGAAUUACACGAUGGACGUGUUUGAACUCAAGAGCAAUGGCCCGCGCAAGAUUGGUUACUGGAAUGACAUAGACAAACUUGUGUUGGUCCAGAAUGAAAAUGCUCUGUCCAAUGACAGCUCGGCUAUGGAGAACCGGACUGUUGUCGUGACAACUAUCAUGGAGGGUCCUUACGUGAUGCUGAAGAAGAACUGGGAGCUUUAUGAGGGCAACGACCAGUAUGAGGGAUACUGUGUGGACCUUGCCUCUGAGAUUGCCAAACACAUCGGAAUUAAAUACAAGAUCUCCAUUGUACCAGAUGGGAAAUAUGGAGCGAGGGAUCCAGAGACAAAGAUAUGGAAUGGCAUGGUUGGCGAGCUUGUGUACGGGAAAGCAGAAAUUGCUGUGGCCCCACUGACCAUCACCCUGGUGAGAGAGGAGGUGAUCGACUUCUCUAAGCCUUUCAUGUCUCUGGGAAUUUCAAUCAUGAUCAAGAAGCCUCAGAAGUCUAAACCAGGUGUUUUCUCUUUCCUGGACCCACUGGCCUACGAGAUCUGGAUGUGCAUAGUGUUCGCUUACAUUGGCGUCAGUGUUGUGCUGUUUUUGGUGAGUCGCUUCAGUCCGUAUGAGUGGCAUGCAGAGGAACCAGAGGAGGGUGCCACAGAGCAGGGCCCCACUGACCAACCUCCAAAUGAGUUUGGCAUCUUUAACUCCCUGUGGUUCUCACUGGGAGCCUUCAUGCAACAAGGCUGCGACAUCUCACCACGGUCUCUAUCUGGACGUAUUGUUGGAGGUGUGUGGUGGUUCUUUACUCUUAUCAUCAUCUCCUCUUACACAGCCAACUUGGCUGCAUUCCUCACUGUGGAGAGGAUGGUUUCACCGAUAGAGAGUGCAGAGGACUUGGCCAAACAGACAGAGAUAGCCUAUGGGACGCUGGACUCAGGCUCCACUAAAGAAUUCUUCAGGAGAUCCAAAAUAGCUGUAUACGAGAAGAUGUGGUCAUAUAUGAAAUCCGCUGAGCCAACUGUCUUCACCAAAACCACAGCAGAAGGCGUGGCAAGGGUCCGAAAGUCCAAGGGGAAGUACGCCUUCCUUCUCGAGUCCACCAUGAACGAAUACACGGAGCAGCGAAAGCCUUGUGAUACCAUGAAAGUCGGAGGCAACCUGGACUCCAAAGGAUACGGCAUUGCAACACCGAAAGGCUCACAGUUAAGAAACGCGGUCAACCUGGCCGUGCUAAAACUCAACGAGCAGGGCCUGUUGGACAAAUUGAAAAACAAGUGGUGGUAUGACAAAGGAGAAUGUGGCAGCGGGGGAGGGGAUUCCAAGGACAAGUCGUCCCAGGCUCUGAGCCUGUCCAACGUGGCUGGGGUCUUCUACAUCCUUGUGGGCGGCCUGGGCCUGGCAAUGCUGGUGGCCCUGGUCGAGUUCUGCUACAAGUCACGGGCCGAAGCCAAGCGCAUGAAGCUGUCUUUUUCUGAAGCCAUGCGGAACAAGGCUCGUCUGUCCAUCACAGGAAGUGUGGGGGAGAAUGGCCGCGUCCUGACGCCAGACUGCCCCAAAGCUGUGCAUGCUGGCCACGCCUCCCUCCGACACCCCGGCCUUGCAGUGGUCUCCUCUGGACUGCCCUGAAAACCAAAAAACACCUGCCGUGCCUUAACAACACACAAACAUACUAGGACUUCGACAAAGACCCAAACACACACUUACAUACAAAAAGAUCUAUAUAUAUAUAUGCUCACACACCCGCACGUACAUGAUCAUAGCGACAGAAGCUCAAAUAUUCAGAUACAGAGAAACACAUUUUUACAUGAAACACACACACACCGCAUCAUCAUUUCACAUUUCCUGCUGCCACUGACUCAUUUUACAGAAGACUGAUGAAUACAACUGUGGAGCGAACGGUGUAGAAACAGAGCAAUGGACAACUAUGGCGUCACACUUGCCUGCAGCAUUCUUUUCUUUUUAAUUUUCUUUCUUAUCUUUUUUUUUUUGAGAGGAUGCCAAUAUCGCGAGAUCAUCGAACCAACAGGAAAGCCAGCACAGAUUCCCAUGAACAAUGAGCUGUGAACACGACCAUAAAACUGAUCAUGAUGAUGACAGUGAGAAAGAUGAUGACCACAGCCGACGAGAGGAAAAAAAACAAAAAACAGACAACCAAACUACUUAGCUCCCGCUCUCUCGUCAUUGGACAAUAAGCCACACCCCCUUAACAGCGCCUUACUAAGACGACAAACAUUGUUUUCAUCAUAAUCAUCAUCACGGUCGUCAUCAAUUUAACUUGCCUGCGAAGAGUGCCAGCUAGUAUAACCCUUAGAAGACCAGAAAACUGUAAGCUUGAACAUUUGGACUACUCAGCCAUGGACUGCUCAAAAUGAAUGAAAAUGCUUAUAGAAUGGUUUCUCUCCCCAAACCAGCGAGUUAAUCAAUAUAGAACAGAAGUAACCUCCAAAACACAGACUACACAGGGGUUUGUAAAAGAAAAAAAAACGUGGUGAUUCAUGGAGCCCCUCAUCAACAGCAUCAACAUGACAGUAGAAAUUCUAAAUAGCAAAGUGAUGAGUACUUAUUUUGCCGAGUGGGUGAGGUUGAUAAAUAGAGAAAAAAAAAUAAAAAAUACAUGGGCAGAUCUCAAAUGGCUUCCUAACAAAGUGUUUCUCAGCCUGACAACUGGGAUCUUACAGACGUUUGCAGAAGAAAUGAAUGAGACGUUUGAAAUACGUUGGGUAAAAAUCUUUAAAAAUGUGGGAACGCAUUCAUUUUCCACUGUAAAAGGCAACUGAUAUUUGAACUAUAAAGGCCAACUUUGACAAUUUCCAAUUCAGUUCAACUCACAUGUGCAGUUUGGUUGUUAUUUGAGAUCCUCCAUCUUUUCCAGUCGCUGGGAAAAGGUACCAUAUCAGAGAGCUUGCUUUUUAAAACUGUUGUAAAUAACUGCGUAGCAAAACAGAAUUCACCUGUCUUUUUUAAUCAUCUUAGAUAACAAUUCAUUGCAAUAAUGAAUAUAAAAAAAUGCCACUACUUGUAAUUAAGAUGAAAUUUUUUUUUAUAAAUCUACAUAUUAUAUAUAAUACAAAUAAAUAAAUAUAUAUAUAUAUAUAUAAGCCUAUAGAGAGCUAUAGAAAACAUUGAUCACUGAUUGUCAGAGGCCAUGGCAUACAUUCUGUUCAAUGGCUGUUUUUUGAUAACUUGAAAAUAUUGAAAUACCACCGUUUUCAUGUGUCCGAAACAACACUGAAUGUCCAUCUGGCACUCACAGAGACACACACAUGGAAACAUGCGCACAUACAUAGUUGCAUAGACGCGGUCGGCUCAAACCAUAGAACCAUUAGUUAUUCACUGCUUUACACUGUCUAAUAGUGUCUUUACCCCCCUCAAAUCUAUGUUUUGUUAGCUGCAAAGCCACUUGAAACAAUGUAAAAAUGCCACUGUUUAUGACUGUACGUAGAGGCGGUAGAUCAGUUUGACUGCUGUACUGCUGGGAAAUAGUUUGGGGCAUUUUCAAAAGUGUAGCACUAAUGGUGCUUUUAUUUUUUUUUUAAUCACAUUUUGUCAUCGCGUUUCGUUCACAUUCAUGUUCAAACUGAACGGGUUUGCGCUUCAAUAAGUGGACUAUGUUUUCCCCCGAAUCUAUAUAGUACGGUACAUUUUUGGGGACCUGAAAAUAGAAAAAUGCAUAUUGCAUUAAAGACCGGUGUGUAGGUGUUAGUGACAUCUGGCUGUCAGAUUGGAGACUGCAACCAGCAACAAACUUACAGUCAACGUCAUUUCAACAGAAAAACACAAAGGCCCUCUGGCAUUUGGCUGGUCCAAACCUGGCAAUAUCCAAUGAAGACGAGCUGCUUCCUGUGUAUGUAUGAAGGGCUCAUUCUAGAGUACUGAAACACAGUCAUUCCAGGUACAGGUUGUUAUAUAAUGAUGAAAACAUGCUUAAAGAAGCACUCUAAAUCCUGCACACUGAUCCUUUAAUAUCUGAGGAAAUCUUGGUAAAAAAAUAAGGGAAGUAAAUUAGUGCAGUUAUUAUACUGCAAUACAGCUAAAGCAUGAUGCUUAAGAUCUGUGUCAUAAUGCAGCCCGAUACUGUAUGUUUAUGUUUUUUGCCUUUCCAAUUUUGUUAUUUUAUAGUUUGUCCUUUACCCUACCUCUCACCUGCUUAGGCCAUCAUUGUUCCUUCCCCACGUUUUGUCUUAUCUUCCUUUGGCUCGUGUCUCCCCUAACAUGCAAAAAGCUCUGUACAUAGCACAUCUCAAGAAUGAUUUCUUGAAAAUAUUUUAAUUUCUUGCCCUAAUCCAAUGCAAAGUAACAGGCUAGAGAUUAAUCAAGAACCUGAGACACCGGUUGACAAUCUGAGUUUCUUCUAGCUCUGCGUUCUCAGCGUUGCUUUCCUUCUGUAUCAUAACCUUGUCUGUUGAACUCGCACCUCAUCUUGUAUUAGUCCUGCAUCAGAUCUAUUCAAGCCAAACAGACAAACACAUAAACAGAAAAGAACCUCUUGAAUCUACAUGUAUUUCCGACAACAGAUUUAAACUAUCCAUAAAUUUUACCAGUAAAGUAGAAAUGUUCUACUCACUUCUCGGCCGAGGGGAUCAGGAGCCUGCAGAAGUACUGCACCAAUCCAGCAUGAGAAAAAAUGCUCAAAUAGUGGGUUUCUUACAGUUAUCACUAAUCUAGCUCACUAGACCAGAAACACCAGACACUUCAACCUCACAUGAUACUGUUGCCUUUUCUUUUUUUUUUCAUUUAUUUUAUUUUUCACCACCAGAGCAUAAGAUUUUGUGCGAAGACAGCAAAAAGCUGACCGGUGGGUUGUCAAUGCUCUGGCUUUAACAGUUUCUUUCUUCCUUUAUUUCUUUCUUUCCAUCAGUUUUCUUUUUUCUAGUAAAACAUCAAUGCUCAA